AUGGCACCAACAACUACACCAGAAGAACUAGCUGCUGGGCGGAAGGCGUUAAUCAAUCAACGUGGGAUGUUAAAAGGAAGAAUGACUAAAUUCUACAAGUAUUUGGUAGAUUCAAAUGUUUACGCAUCGAUUCCAUACGUCGACAAGAACUUCAACAUAAUCCAAUGUGAAUUGGAAAACAUGCCAGCAAUUCUGCGUGAGUUACAAACCCUAGAACCCAACGUCGAUCACGCUGACAUUCAUGAAGAGAUAGAUGACCAGUUUGAAGCGAUUCGAGUCCUUGUGGAGAAAUUUAAGUCGCCAGGACGCACUGCACAUCCUGACGCAAUACCAGAGAACAGACACCUCAGAGACCACAGGUCGCCGUCAGUCACGUCACGUUCAUGUUCGUUUGAUUUUUUAAAGACGAUACCAAAACUCGAGGCCAAGAAGUUCGAUGGAAAAUUAUCCAAUUGGAGAGGUUAUAGAGACUGGUUUUUGGUUACGAUACACAGAAAUGAUAAUCUCUCUGAUUCUCAACGGUUAGAUUAUCUAAAUCGGACCUGUGAAGGUGAGGCUGCCGAUACUAUUAAGGCAUUCGCAAUCACUGAUGAAAAUUACGCUGUUGCUUGGUCCCUACUAGAGAAUACCUAUGAUAUUCAGUAUGCUUUAGUUCUAAAUCAUUAUGAUCAACUGAUGGAGACUCCAGUCAUGAAGAGAAAUACACCUGAGGAGAUGAAAAAAUUAACCAACAGCAUUCAAAGCCAGGUCCUAGCAUUAAAGGCUCUGGGAGAGAACGUAGAACAAUGGAACACCCCAUUAGUACACAUCAUCUUGAGACGAUUAGACAAGGAGACCAGCAGGGAGUGGAAUAGAAAAAUGCAAGGGAGAGAGAUGCCCAAAUAUGAGGCUCUCUUGACAUUUUUGAGAGAAGAAGCCACCAGGACAAUUUCUGUUAAUCCUCUCAGUGCCUCUUCCACAUCCCCCAGCUCAUCAAUGAAUGUAAAACCCAAACACGCUAGAGACAAUAAAAAUCGUACCCAAACUCUAUUAACGAACGCUACUAGCAACAGUUGCCCUCAUUGCAAGGGUCAACACACUUUCGCUACCUGCGAGAAGGUACUCGCUCUCCCCCCUCUGGACAGGAUUCAGGCCGCCCGUACUGCCCAACUGUGUCUUAACUGUUUCCAGAAGAGUCAUAAAACUAGGGUGUGCAAGGCGUCUACCUGCUCCACGUGCCAGAAAAAACAUCACAAUAUUCUACAUUUAAAUGAAGAGGAAACAAAAAUGAUGAGAGCUGCACAUCAAUCAAAAACUAUCGCCAUGGUGGCCACUUUGCCAUCUCGAGAAUGCAUAAUUACUGCUGUGGUGAAUAUCAUGGACUCUCAACAGAAGCCGAUCCAAUGUCGAGCUAUUUUAGAUACUGCUGCUGGCUCAAACUUUAUGACAGAAGCACUAGCCAAUAAAUUGAGGCUCUCACGCGAAAAACUCGCAAUGAGAAUCGAAGGAUUGAACGACGCGACUACCGCAGCAAACUCUCUCGUGAGCACCACAAUUCAAUCAAGAUUCACCUCUUUUACCAAAUCCUUGAAUUUCCUGACAGUAAAGAAUAUUGGAGGAUUGUUUCCAAUGGAACCAGUGGACAGGACUAAUUUGCAAAUCCCUCGAAACAUUAGGUUGGCCGAUCCACUAUUUGAUCGUCCAGCUCCAGUCGACAUUUUGAUAAGCGUUGGAACUACUUUAUCCAUGCUUUGUCAAGGCCAGAUACGAUUGAAUGAUCCAAAAGAUCCAGAUGUAAUACUUCAACAAACCCAAUUAGGAUGGAUUCUAGGUGGAAAUCCACUGGACAAACCAUCACACAAUAAAUCUCCUGCAGUACAGUGCAACCUUCUUGCAGAGUCUCAAUUUGAUGUUCAAAAAUUCUGGGAAAUGGAAGAAAUUCCCAGUGAACGCCACUUGUCCAAAGAAGAGCAACUCUGUGAAGCACAUUUUCAAGAAAAUAUCACUCGUGACAGCACUGGAAGAUACGUUGUUGCCUUGCCUUUCAAUGAGAAAAGAGCAGCUUUAUGCAACACUAAAUCAAUUGCGGAAUCACGGUUGAGAAGCCUGCAGAGAAAAUUCGGAAGAAACCCCGAGUUGGGACAGCAAUAUAAAGCGGUCCUGCAAGAGUACAUCGACCUAGGACACCUGUCCGAAGUUGAGGACGACCCAAAGGCUCGAGACGGUUUCUACCUGCCACGCCACGCGGUCAUCAAGACUGCAAGCCUGACUACUAAGUUGAACACAGUUACAUUCGGACUUGCAUCUGCCCCUUAUUUAGCGAUACGUUGUCUAUCUCAACUGGCAGAGGAUGAAGGCAAGGAUUAUCCCGAAGCAGCUCUUCGCAUCAAGAGAGAUCUUUAUGUUGACGAUCUUCUCACUGGAGCUGAUUCAUUAGAAGAAGCCUUAAAAUUACGUGAUGAUAUUACGACUGUCUUAAAGAGAGGUGGCUUGAAUAUACGACAAUGGGCGUCUAAUCACCCUCAAUUACUCGAAAAUCUACCUGAAGGCAGCGUGAACCUGCAGUUGGAACCUGACAAGGAUGCCACUAUUAAGGCCCUAGGGGUACACUGGGACUCUCAGCAGGACACCAUUGUAUAUACAGUGAAACCAGUCAUGAAGACGGUUAAACUCACCAAAAGGAGUAUUUUAUCAGAUCUAGCAAAAAUUUUCGAUCCACUUGGCCUCCUGGGUCCAAUUAUCAUCAGAGGAAAAAUAAUUAUGCAAAAUUUAUGGAAGGAACGGAUUGAUUGGGAUGAUCCUGUGCCAUUAAGUAUUCAAACAGAAUGGAAAUCAUAUACUGAUGAAUUAAUGCAACUGAAAGAUGAAUCUUUUGAUCGUAAAAUAAUUAUUUCCAAUGCAAAAGAAAUUCAGUUACAUGGGUUUUGCGAUGCAAGCGAAAAGGCGUACGGUGCUUGCAUUUAUCUCAAAACCAUUGAUGAUCAAGGGAAUUCCCAGACAAGCCUCCUCUGUGCUAAAUCCAGAGUAGCUCCAAUCAAACAAGUAUCCUUACCUCGACUAGAACUUUGUUCAGCUCUGUUACUCGUCGAUUUGUAUGAAGCUGUGAAGAAAUCUCUCAGUCACGAGAUUUCUCGUACGACCUUCUGGUCUGAUUCAAUGAUCGCAUUACAUUGGAUCAACACUGAACCACACAAAUUGUUAGUUUUUGUGGCAAAUCGAGUCUCAGGAAUACAGCAAAAAGCAAAGGAAGCUGAAUGGCGACACGUCAGAACAGAUCAAAAUCCAGCAGAUCAUAUCUCACGAGGACAGAUGCCUCGCGAAUUCAGCGAGAAUCUCCAAUGGAAACAUGGACCACACUGGCUCAAUGAAGAAGAAUCUAAGUGGCCCCUUAGUGAGCUCAAAAUCCCUGCUGAGAUACCAGAGAUGAGAAAGACUCAAUGUCUGACAACGAAAAUUUCAGUCAACAAUGAUUUGUUAACAAGAUAUUCAUCACUGAUCAAAUUGAGAAGAAUUGUGGCCCUGUGUUUGAGAUUCAAAACAAAAUUGCGAGGUCCAUUGACUGCUGAAGAGUUAGACAAUGCUAACAAUCAAAUUAUCAAGGCAAUCCAAGCUGAAGAAUUUUCUGAUGAAAUCAAGGAACUCAAAAAAAAUUCUUCCCUUGGUAAAAAACACAAGCUCAAACAUUUGAGUGUCUUUCUUGAUGAAGAAGGACUAUUACGAGUUGGUGGUCGAUUGAAAAAUGCUCCAAUCCCUUAUGCACAGAAGCAUCCCCUUCUAUUACCGAAAGGACACUUCUUCUCCGAUUUGCUCAUCAGGAUGGAACAUUUAAUUAAUUACCAUUCAGGAGCUCAAACCACUCUGUAUUCUCUUCGCAGGAGGUAUUGGUUAAUUGAUGGUCGAAGACAAGUGAGGAAAAUAAUAUUAAAUUGUACUAAAUGCAUUCGUCAGAAGCCUCCAACCAACAAUUAUCUCAUGGGAGAUUUACCAAAGUCCAGAGUCACCCAGACUAGACCAUUUCUAAAUGUCGGAAUUGAUUAUUGUGGUCCUUUUUUUCUGAAAGAGAAAAAACACAGAAAUAAGACACAGGUCAAAGCCUGGGUUGCUGUAUUUGUGUGCAUGGCGGUCAAGGCUGUGCAUUUGGAGGUGGUCAGUGACCUCACCACUGAAGGUUUUAUGGCAGCGUUCAAACGAUUUAUUGCUAGAAGAGGCAAACCCCGUCAUAUUUACUCUGACAACGGAACAAAUUUUAUUGGAGCGAAUAAUGACAUCAAGGAAUUAUAUUCACUACUGCGAUCAAAAGAGCACAACGAGAAAAUUCACGGAAAUCUCGCUGAUCAAGGAAUAAAUUGGCAUUUUAUUCCCCCACUCACUCCUCACUUCGGAGGACUCUGGGAAGCAGGCGUCAGAUGUUUCAAACACCAUUUGAAGAGGAUUUCGGACGAUUUGCUGACUUUUGAGGAAUUCAACACCCUUGUGAUUGAGAUCGAGGCAAUUCUUAAUUCCCGUCCUUUAACUCCUCUAUCCACUGAUCCCAACGAUAUGCUUGUUCUCACUCCCGGUCACUUCCUUAUUGGCGACUCAUUGACUAGCUUACCAGAACCAGAUAGGGGCAUCACUCCCUCCAAUCGAUUGUCCCGUUGGGAACUUAUUCAAAAGAAACAGCAAGAAUUUUGGAAAAGGUGGUACAAAGAGUACCUCAACGAGCAGAUUACCAGAACGAAGUGGACAUCAGGAGAACAUCCCAUCAAAGAAGAUUCUAUUGUUCUUCUGAAGGAGGACAAUCUACCUCCUCGCCAAUGGGCAAUUGGAAGGGUCAUUCAGGUUUUCCCAGGCAGUGAUGGAAUCAUUCGCUCUGUCAAGGUCAAAACGAUCAAGGGAAUUUUCGAGCGCAGUGUGCGCAAAUUGGCCCCUCUAGUUCAUGGAAUGAUUGAAAGUGACAAAAAAGAUUAA